GGCGAUAUUAACAAAAUAUUAGUUAGCUUUUAGUUUUCCGUUCUGUUUGUACUGUUUUUAAUGUCCUCUUCGAAGAAGUGAGGAAAAUUAGUGGUGAAAAUCUCUAUUAAAUGUGAGAUUUUUUAUGCAAUAAAUAAAUUUCGGUUGAAAAGUGAUAAAUAAGAACAAAUAGUGCUUAGUAAAAUCGUUAUAUUUACAUAUAUUCAGUAAUCAGUACCACGGAAAAUCGCAACAUCUUGCUACACGCAGGAUUCAUCGCUUGCCAGAUAGCUUAAAGAACACAAUGGCCAACUUGAAACAGAUUCCUUUAACCUGUUCAGGCCAUACACGACCGGUGGUGCAUCUGGAUUUUAGUGAUCUGACUGACUCUGGAUAUUUCCUGAUAUCAGCCUGCAAAGAUGGCAAGCCAAUGCUUCGUCUCGGAGAUACAGGAGAUUGGGUAGGUACAUUUGAAGGUCACAAGGGCGCCGUUUGGGGUGUUGCUCUGAACAACAAAGCCACACUAGCAGCAUCAGGUGCAGCCGACUUCACUGGAAAGAUCUGGAAUGCAGUAACUGGCGAGGAGGUACACAGUUUGCAGCACAGUCAUAUAGUUAAAACUGUCGCAUUCGAUAGUAACAGCCAGUUUCUGGUGACCGGAAGUUACGAAAAACUAGUCAGAGUGUUCGACUUGAACUCUUCGGGAACGCCGGUAGAAUCAUAUUCUGGCCAUGCCGGUAACAUUAAACGGGCCAUCUUCGCUCGCAACGACAAAUAUGUGAUCAGCUGUGGCGAUGACAAAACGAUGCGCUUGUGGGAUCGUACUUCAGGUCAGGAGACCAUGCGUGUGGAAUUUAGUGCACAUCCCAAUAGUUUAGAAUUGUCGCGUGAUGGGAACAUACUAACCGUAACGUAUGGUUCGAACGUUGCCUUUUUCGAAACCGAAACUCUAAAAAAGAUGAAGGAGAUCAUUGUUCCAACGAAAGUUAGUGCCGCAAGUUUACAUCCAGACAAGCAAAUUUUUGUUUGCGGUGGAGAAGAUUUCAAAAUGUACAAAUUUGAUUACAUCACCGGCAAUGAAAUUGAAUCGUUCAAAGGGCAUUUCGGGCCUGUACAUGCCGUUAGCUUCAGUCCUGAUGGAGAACUGUACGCAAGUGGAUCGGAAGAUGGUACAUUACGGCUGUGGCAAACAACAAUUGGAAAAACGUAUGGACUUUGGAAGUGUACUGAACCAACAGAUUUAAAUAAUUCAGUUAAUUCAUCUGCUACGCGUGAAGUGACUGCGAACUAAGUCUAAACCAACAUUGAAAAUCGAACUGGAUUUCCUAUACAGUUAUAAUGCGUAUGUUAUUUUUAUUUCUUCCGUGUUCUUUAGUUCGUAAAAGACUACAGGAGUAAUAACUUUUUCAUCAUCCAUACAAUACAAAUGUAAUAAGAAAAAAACAAUUUUCCUAACAAUAAAAGCAGUGAAACUAAUGCAUUUAA